GAGCAAAGAAAAAAAAAAGAAUGAAGAGAGGAAGACGUUUAGGAGGAAGAAGAAAAAGAAGAGCUUAAACAAACAAAAAACCAAAAUCGCCUUCUCCCGCGGGGGUUCUCCGGUGACCAAUUCGAUAAUGUUGAAGGUGUGGAGAUGGUACCAGCGAUGCCUGAGCGUUCAUCCGGUGAAAACUCAGGUCAUAAGCUCGGGCUUGCUUUGGGGAUUCGGGGACGUCACCGCUCAAUACAUCACUCAUUCAACUGCGAAACCUCCUCCUCCUCUUCUCCGUCUCACCGACACAAAUAAAGACGCAGACGCAGAUUCGGAAUUUAAGCUCAACUGGAAGCGAGUAGCCAUUACAAGCAUGUUUGGACUUGGUUUUGUCGGUCCUGUUGGCCACUUCUGGUACGAAGGCCUUGAUAAAUUCAUAAAACUGAAGCUUCGAUACGUACCAAAGUCAACACGUUUUGUGGCAGCCAAAGUUGCAAUGGACGGUCUUAUCUUCGGCCCCAUAGAUCUACUCGUGUUCUUCACGUACAUGGGAUACGCCACGGGCAAGAACACAUCUCAAGUGAAAGAAGGGCUCAAAAGAGACUUUCUACCAGCUCUAGCUCUUGAAGGCGGAGCAUGGCCGCUUCUUCAGAUCGCAAACUUCAGAUACGUUCCCGUGCAGUACCAGCUGCUUUACGUCAACAUCUUUUGCCUUAUAGACAGCGCUUUUCUAUCGUGGGUGGAUCAACAGAAGGAUGCAGCUUGGAAGCAGUGGUUUACUACUCCGUUUCUAACGCUUAAAGAACGAGGUGGCACAGGUGGAGUAUGAUUCAUUUCGUUUUUCUCACAUGUCAUAAAAACUUUGAAUGAAAUGACAAAACUAAGUGUAAUUGGCGAUUUUCAAUCAGAUCAGAUAUUAUUUCGUUUU